GGAGAAGGAAUCACCAGAGAGUUAAGACACUAAAUCACACAAAGAAAAUAACAUGGUUUCCAUCAAUAGAGAGGGUGAAUCAAUGGUGCCCUAUAUAGCAUCAGAAAAAGAGGCUCGUCUCUCUGCUUUUGUACUCUCUGGUAACCAAAUGUUGACAGUGGUCAUGAAUGCUGCUAUUGAGCUCAACUUGUUUGAGAUCAUAGGUAAUAAUGAUGCAUUCAUGUCAGCCUCUGAAAUUGCUUCUAAGAUGGCAAUAGAACACUACUCAGAGUUACCAAAUAGGCUCGAACGCAUGCUUCGUUUGCUUGCGAGUCAUUCUCUUCUAACAUGUGCCACUCGUGCCACUGCUGAUGGCAACACCGAAAGAGUUUAUAAAGUGUCAUCAGUUGGAAAAUACUUUGUCACAGAUGAAAGUGGGGGCACUUUGGCUUCAUUUACUUCUCUUCUAUGCUCUCGUGCUAUGUCUCAGGUUUGGCCUAAUUUUAAGGAUGCUAUAAUUGAUGCCGCCGCUGAUGACCUAUUCAAUAAAGUUCAUGGAAUGUCAACAUUCCAAUACGCUGAUAAAUAUCCAGCACAGAACCACAUUUUCAACAAGGCAGUGAACGGUAUAAGCACCAUGGACAUGAAAGCCAUUUUACAAGAGUAUACAGGAUUUGAAGGAAUAUCAACACUGGUUAAUGUAGGUGGAGGAAUCGGAGAAAUGCUACAUAUGAUAAUCUCUAAGUACCCUUCAAUAAAGGGCAUUAAUUUUGAUUUGCCCCACGUUGUUGAAAAGGCACCAACAUAUCCAGGCAUAGAACAUGUUGGAGGAGACAUGUACGUAAGUGUACCCCAGGGUGAUGCCAUAAUUCUAAAGGCUGUGCUGCACAAUUGGUCGGAUGAAGACUGCUUAAGGCUCUUGAGAAAUUGUCACAAGGCACUGCCACAAAAUGGAAAGGUGAUUGUUGUGGACCUAAUAGUGCCAGAAGCAUCAGAUUCUGAUGAAUCAAAGAUUGUUUCUAUCAUCGACAAUCUCAUGUUUGUCAUUGGUGGUAAGGAGAGAACAACUAAUGAAUUUGAGGCUUUAUCCAAGCUUUCGGGAUUUCCAGGAUUUGAAGUUGUUUCUAGAGCAUUUGGUGCCUUGGGAGUCAUGGAAUUUCACAAAUAAGGGCAAUUUAAAAUUAUCUUUUAUUUCGUAUCACUUAAAUUCAAACAAAACAUAGGUCCUUUAGAAGAAGUAUGUUCCACUCUUAGCAAUGUUUGGUUGUACAAUGCUAAUGCCUAGGAUAUAUAUGGGCAUAAAUAACUAGGCUUCAAGUAUGAGCCGAAUUUUAAUUAUUUUUCUUCUUGAUAUGUAGGUCGAAAGAUAUUACUACAUCCCUCUAUAGCUAUUAUCGUCCAAUGUAAUGAUGGUUAAAAUUAAAUAAAAGUUGCUUAU